AUUCCGCACAACAGCAAUCAUGCGGCGAGUCGUGUGGUGUUGCUCUAUAUUACUAACAUUAUUCUUGUGUGUACUCGCUAAAGUAAGAGAUCCUUAUAGUAUUCUGGCCAUUAAAAGAAAAGCUGAUACCCAGGAGAUAAAGAAAGCGUAUAAGAAACUAGCAAAAGAAUGGCAUCCAGACAAAAAUCCUUCACCAGAAGCAGAAGCGAAGUUUAUAGAAAUCAAUCAGGCUUAUGAGCUGUUAAUGGACCCAGAACGGCGCCGGCUGUUUGACACCACAGGCCAGACAGAAGAGCAGCCCAACUUCCGCAAGCAACAUGACUAUUCCUCCUAUCGGCGCUUCGAUCCCUUCGACGACAUUUUCAGUACUUUUGGAGGGAGGUUCCGCUUCAAUUUUAAGCACGGAGACGGAACAAAUACUAUUUAUAAGAAGCAAUCUAUAACAUACAAGUCAUAUCAGAACUCCAUCAUCCCAUUAAGCAAGAAACAACCAUACCUGUUGCUCUUCUACUCUGAUUGGUGCAUACCUUGUGCAGAUAUUGAACCCAUAUGGUGGAGACUGGAUGAAGAGCUGGAGCCAAUUAAUUUUGGAAUGGCCACUGUUCAUGCUGGUCGAGAAAUUGAGCUUGCUAAAAAAAUAGGAGUUAAGACGGUGCCGUACCUGGUGAUGUUGUUGGACGGCCAUCCUUACCACUACACCGAUGCCUCACUCAGCAUGGUGUCUUCCUUAGAUUUCAUUCGUAGUAAAUUCCCCCACAAAUUAGUACAACGAAUAACAGAAGAAAAUCUUGAGAACUUCCUUGGUGGAUGGAUGGACAACAGGGUUCGCGUGCUGAUUUUCGGCCGCCUCGAUAUCAUCAGACUCCGUUACUUGACUGUGGGGUGGGAGUUCCGGGAGAGAGCUGUCAUCGGGUACGUGCAGAUGGACCGGGGUGAUACCGAUACCAUUCGAGCUCGCUACAGUGUGUCCAAUAAAGUGGACACCUUGCUUGUGUUCCACGAGGACUUGCACACACCAGUGGCAUCGGUGGCAAUGACAGAUUUGCCGUACCCAACCAUGAAGGAUAUUAUUGAGGGCAACAAGUUCCUGGUGUUGCCUCGACUCUCCUCACAGUCUGUGUUUGAUGCCUUGUGUCCCGUGGAGUCUGUGCGAUCCCGACGUCGAUUAUGUGUAGUUUUGGUCACUCAAGAUGAUCCGGCCCAUGACCCAAGUCGGGCAGCGUUGAGGGAAUAUGCCACCGGUGACCAGGCCAGAGAGAGGGAUCGUGUCCGCUACACUUAUCUCUUCAGGGAGAAACAAGUAGAAUUUAUGAAUGCCCUUACAGCAGGUUCAGGUUCCCCAGUUGAGACCAAUCACCACAUAGUUAUUUUGUGGCGUAAGGACCAGAACCACUUGAAGUACGAGUGGCUGGAGGAAGGGUGGGAGGUGGAGCCAGACAAACACAAUACCUCCCGUGAAGCGCUCAAGGCGGCCAUCCAGAGACUUCUCCAUUCCAACCAGCCGAUGCCUUUUGAAACAGUCGUCCAGGAGUUGUUUGAUGAACACGCUCAGGGGAUCGUCUGGAGAAUCGUCAGCAAACUGGUGUCCGUACAAGAUUAUUUGAGGGAUAACGUGACUCAGGAUGACCUUCUCCCCGCUGUGUCUAUCCUGGUGACGGUGCUCUUCAUUAUUGCCGGAGGAUACGUCAUGUCGUACUUGGUGAAACUUGAAGAGGAACGAGUGGGCAAUUCAGACUCCACGUUUAUAGAUUCGACUGGAAAGGUUACUACUCAGCCACAACUCGUCGUACACGAACUGAGGGGAGAGACUUACAAUGGUCUUGUUCGUAUGUUGAAGCCCGGCUGUCGCACCAUCGUCAUGCUGUGUGAUUCGGAGAGCAAAGCUAAACUGAUGCCAAAGUUCCACAAAGCUUGUUGGCCGUACAGGAAAAACAAAACACUGAUGUUUGGCUUUUUAAAUGUUGAGCGAGCUUCAGCUAUGGAGUGGUACAAGCGCGCGUUAGUCUUGGGGCUUCCUGAACCUCGUGACCUGAACAUAAACCCCAAGAAUACCCUCGGCACGGUCAUUGCUCUUAAUGGACACAGGAAGUACUACUGUCUGUACCACGCCAAGCAUCCUGAAGCUGUGUUUGGGUUCACUCCAAAUCCAGCAACAUCUGAGACAGAAGGAGUUCGUCGAAGGCAUGCGCGAUCAGGCAUCAGUGGAGACUUCAUGGGCUUCAGUGACAAUGAUUCUGAGACAGAUUCUGAUGUGGAGGUGGGAGACAAGAGGAAGGAUUCAAUUGCUUCUGAUAAACCCCUGCUCAACUACUACAGCAACAUACUUUUUGAGGAACAACUGCUGGAAGGGCUGAGUAACUGGAUGGACCGCCUGUUUGAGGGUUCAACUCUACGCUACCACAUUAACUACUGGCCAGACUGGCCCGGCAAAUAGUGGAUGUGUCAUGGAUUAGGUAUUGUUCAGAAUGUUUUCAUUACACUAUAUGAUUUGUGACCAUAUCAAGAGAUGAAGGAGAAGUCAGAGUCUAAGAUAUGAGACAAUUCAUGUACAGUAUACAGUAUAUAGAUAUUGUUCACGGUGUUUUCUUCCAUUCAUCAUUUUCAGUUGUGGUGAAAUUUGUAGUUACAGGCAAAGAAAACAAUGUGUUAGAUGUUCAGUAACGAAUUAUUGUAGUGUAUUGGCAUGUGUAGACUAACAAAACCUAGAUUUUUUUGGUAGAUGAAUCUGUAGUAAAUAAGACAUGACAUAUUUACACUGUUACCCUUUAUGUAUACUGCAUUACUAACUGUAGAUAAUUACUCAUCAAUUACGAUGUCUGUAUACAUGGUAUAUAAUAUACCAUUAACAAAUCCUAACUUGAAGGUAAUGUUGAUAAUAUAGAAGUUGAUAUUAAUAUGAAGGUGAGACUUUUAUAAAGUAUCACCUUUCUCAUUUAGAAACUUAGAAGGUUACAUGUAGAAGUGGGAAAAUUUACACUUGACAUCAAAUGACCGCCCUUUUAAGAACCUCGGCUCAAUGUCCUGCACUGUGGGAGCCAACAGAGGCAAUGUUAGAGUGUAAAUUAUCUUACAGUUGUUAUUCUUGAAGUAAAAAUAAUCACAAAUUAUCACAAACUGUAGAAGUAGGCAGAAAGUAGAUGAAAGAGGCAUAGCUGAUCAUUACAUAACUGAACCUAACAGUGAGGUAACCUGUGAUUGACUUGAAAAACAUGUGAAUCUAACCAUAAACUUCUGUGAUUUACACCAUCAAAGUUCUGGGGUCAGGGGGACUAAACAAAGAACACUCCAGUCACACGUGGGAGCCUCGUACUUGGACACAUGGCUUGUUGAAGUGCAGUACGAAGGAAUGUUAUAUCCAGUACAACUCUCAUACCAGGAUAUGAGAUAGAUAGUCUACAGUAUGUUAUGUGUUUGGAGUAAUUUAUGUAUUAGAUGUGACUCUCCUCAUAAGAAUCGAACUGAAAAGAAAUGGCAUUGCAUAUAAUUAAGAGAUAUGUUCAAGAAAAUCACACGUUGCCUCAAUAGUUUUUACUUUGAUUUAUUUUUAAUAUGUAGAUUUUUAACAAGUCAUAGUCUGCCAGAAUAUAAAAUUAUUUAUUUAUUUUAGUUAUGUUGUUGUCAAAGUUUGUAAGAUAUACAUGGAUUUCUUGCAGCCAAAAGGUUCUUUCUCAAACCAUAAACAGCAAAAGGCUGUUUUAUUUUAGUGUAUGUGAUAAACAUGUAUUAUGUAGACUGUAAUUAAACUAAAAAGGCAUAUA